UCCUGGCACAGCCCGGAGGAAACCUCAAGGAGCCGGCAGGGAGCCUUGAAGCUCAGGCAACAAGUGUCCGGCGCACUGUCCUGGGAGCGUCGGUCCACGCUCUCUUAGCUGUCUCUCCCUCCCUCCCUAGCUGGGACUCAGUGGCCGUCUCCCUUCUCCUUACCCCCCGCCUCCACUAGGAUAAUCUUGUUCUUAAACACUGAUGGCAAUGCCGAGCUAUGGAGCCAGGUUGGCCUUAUGGAUGGCACUGAACCUGAUGCAGAGUGGCCUAGGGGAGCCGCCGAGGUGCAACAUCAACCAGACACAAGCCAAGGUCUCCAGCCGGUCUGCCAGGCUCAGGUGGAGCACGGAAGGGUCGCCCUGUAACUUUAGCCUCAUCUACAAUUCGGACACCUCUGGGAGCGCCCUGUGCUACCCUGUGCUGAUUGCCAACCACACCUAUGAAUGUAACCCUGAGGACUUGCAGGCUGGAACAAUCUAUCACUUCAGGAUUGUAUCUGAGGAUGGAGAUGAGAAACCUAUCUCCUUGCAAACAGACCCCUUACCUCCUGCAAGAUUUGAAGUUGAUAUGGACAAGGCCACUUCCACAAGUCUGCAUGUUUGGUGGACCCCAUCUUCAGGAAAGGUUGACUUAUAUGAGCUGCAGUUGUUCAAUGAUAAGAACCAGAAGAUACAAGAGACCGUCAUCCCAGAAAGUACUUUACAGAAUGAAAAUACAUUUUCCAACCUCACGGCUGGUAGUAAAUAUCAUUUUGCCAUUCAAACUAUUUCUGGGAAUAAAAGCAGCCCUGCAGUUCACAUCAAUGGAUCUACUGUGCCAUUCCCUGUGAAAACUAUCCAAGCCUCCACCAACACUGACACUCUCCAGGUUUCCUGGUCGUCUGGGUCUGGGAAUGUGGAUGAAUAUCGGGUGCUGCUAUUGGAUAAAGGGAGAACAAUUCACAACAUCAGAGCAGAAAAGCACGUUACUACCCAUACUUUUCUUGGACUGACCCCAGGCCACCUCUACAACCUCACAAUUGUCACUGAAGCAGCGGGGCUACGGAGCUACAAGUCUAAAUUAGUUAGGACAGCCCCAGUGGAAGUCUCAAAUCUGAUGGUGACUAAUGAGGACAGCUGUAGUUCUCUUAAAGUCAAAUGGAAAAGACCACCAGGAAACCUGGAUUGUUAUAACAUCACAUUGUCUCAUCAAGGGAACGUUAGAGAAUUCAGGACUAUGGAAGCCUGGGUGACUGAAGCCCGCUUUGAGGGCUUGAUUCCAGGAUGCUUGUAUCAGAUUACUGUCUCUACCAUUAGUGGUGAACUCUCGGCUCAAAAAAUGGCAACGGGGAGAACAGUUCCUGAGAAAGUUACAGACUUGAAGGCAGUCAGUAAUGGUUGGAUGAGAUCCCUAAGAGUGAGUUGGUCACCUCCUACUGGAGACUGGGAGUGGUACCGCAUCAAGCUGCUCAACGGUUCUUCAGUACUGCUCAACAUCACCUUGGGGAAAGAUGCUACAACCUUUGACAUCCAUGACGUAGGGCUCAUACCUGGAAGACAGUAUGAGGUAGAGGUAACUGUUGAGAGUGGAGGACUAAAGAACACUGUCCGCUGUCAAGGUCGAACAACUCCACAGCCUGUUGGGCAACUCCGAGUAAAGCAUGCCAACGAAUCCUCUCUAAGCAUCAUGUGGCUGGCCCCUGUAGCAGAAUGGGAUAAAUAUGUCAUCUCACUGGCAUACAGGGAUCUCUUGCUCAUUCACAAGACAUUAGCCAAAGAAGCCAAAGAAUUCACUUUCACAGACCUGGUGCCUGGAAGAAAGUAUGUAGCGUCAGUCACCAGCAUCAGUGGAGACUUAAGAAAUUCAACAUCAGUAGAAGGAAGAACAGUGCCUGCUCAGGUUACUGGCUUGAAUGUGUUCAAUCAAGGGACGACCAAUAGUUUAUUUACCAACUGGACCAGAGCACAAGGAGAUAUUGACUUCUAUCAAGUCUUAUUAAUUCACGAAAAUGUUGUCAUUAAAAAUGAGAGCUUGUCCAGUGAGACCAGCGGCUACAGCUUCCACUCCCUCAAACCUGGCGGGCUCUAUUCAGUGGUAGUUACAACAUUCAGUGGAGGGAUCUCUUCCCGACAAAUGGUGGGAGAGGGACAGACAGUCCCUUCCAGUGUGAGUGGAGUAACACUGAAUAAUUCUGGUCGGAGUGAUUACCUCAGCAUUUCCUGGCUCCCAGCUCCUGGAGAUGUAGAUAGCUAUUCUGUGACUCUCUCUCACGGUGAUAAGAUUAUUCAGUCUCUUGCUGUUGCGAAAUCCAUCAGUGAAUGCUCCUUCAGCUCCCUCACUCCUGGCCGACUCUUCAACGUGACUGUAACGACAAGAAGUGGCAAGUAUGAAAACCAUUCCUUCGGCCAGGAGCGCACAGUGCCUUCGAAAGUCCAAGGACUUACUAUUAGCAACUCAGCCAGGAGUGAUUAUUUAAAGGUAUCCUGGCUGCAUGCCACUGGAGACUUUGACCAGUAUGUGGUUGGCAUUACCAAUAAGAACAAUUCCGUCCAAACCAAAACCAUCCCUAAGACUGGAAACGAAUGCGUCUUUGUUAAUCUUGUCCCCGGACGACUAUACAGCGUCACCGUUAGUACCAGAAGUGGAAAUUAUGAAGCCAGUGAGCGCUUGAAUAAGAGAACAAUCCCAGAGUCUGUAAAGGAGUUAGCACUUCGUAAUCGGAGUACAGAAGAGCUGCAUGUCACCUGGGUGCGAGCUGAUGGAGAUGUGGAUCAAUAUGAGAUUCAGCUUUGCUUCAAUGACGUGAAAAUCCUUCCCUCCCUUCACCUCGUAAAUACUGCUACUGAGUAUCGUUUCACAUCCCUAACCCCUGGCCGCCUGUAUAAGAUUCUUGUUUUGACCAUCAGUGGGGAUGCACAAAAGUCCGCCUUCAUCGAAGGUUUAACAGCUCCAAGUCCUGUAAAAAAUAUACACGUUUCCCCUAAUGGGAUGACAGACAGCCUGAAAGUGAAUUGGACUCCUGGUGGAGGAGAUGUCGAUUCAUACAGAGUGACAGCAUUUAAGCAGCAUCAUAAAAUUGAUUCACAAACCAUCCCCAAGCAUAUCAAUGAACACACAUUUCACAAAUUAAAAGCAGGGGAACUAUACCAGAUUGUGGUGGAGUCCAUCAGUGGUUCCCUGAGUAACCAGGUAGAAACCCUUGGUCGAACAGUGCCUGCAUCUGUCCAAGGAUUAUAUGCAGACAAUGCAUAUAGUAGUCAUUCAUUGAUAGUGACUUGGCAAGGAGCAGUUGGCAUGGCGGAAAGAUAUGAUAUCUUGCUUCUAAAUGAAGAAGGGACUCUCCUGAGCAACAAAUCAGAGGUGGCUUCAGCUAAGCAACACAAAUUUGAAGAUUUAAUACCGGGAAAGAAGUACAAGAUACAAAUCCUGACUGUCAGUGGAGGACUCUUCAGUGUUCGGGCUGAAACCGAAGGCAGGACAGUGCCGGCAGCUGUGACCAAUUUGAGGAUCACAGAGAAUUCCACCAGCCACCUAGCAUUCACCUGGAAGACCUCUGAGGGAGAGCUAAACUGGUACAACAUCUUCCUGUACAAUCCAGACAAGACCCUUCAGGAGAGAGCCAAGGUGGACCCUGGAGUUCAGCACUGCGCUUUUCAGAACCUGAUGCAAGGCAGAAUGUACAAAAUGGUGAUUGUGACUCAUAGCGGGGAGCUUUCAAAUGAGUCAUUUAUAUUUGGUAGAACAGUCCCAGCUGCAGUGAACAAUCUCAAGGGCUCCAACCAGAACAUGACAGACAGCCUCUUGUUCACCUGGAGCCCUGCGCCUGGAGACCUGGAUUCUUAUGAACUGAUUCUUUUCAAUCCCAAUGGCAGUCAGAAGGAAAAAUGGAAGGCAAAAGAUCUCACAGAGAAGCAUUUCCAUAGCCUUGUUCCCGGGAGAAAGUACACUCUGAGUGUGGUGACUCAUAGUGGUGACCUCACCAAUACCAUCAGAGCUGAGAGCAGAACAGCACCAAGUCCUCCCAGUUCUUUGUCCUUUGCUGAUGUGGCAAACACUUCCCUGGCCAUCACAUGGCAAGGCCCACCAGACUGGACAGACUAUGAUGACUUUGAACUCCAGUGGUUUCCAAGAGACCAGCUCACCAUCUUCAACCCCUACAGUAAUAGAAAAUCAAAGGGACGAAUUAUAUAUGGACUUCAUCCAGGACGGUUCUAUCAAUUCAGCGUUAGGACUGUCAGCGGUGAAUCUUGGAAGACCUACAGCCAACCGAUUUCUGGAACAGUGAGGACAAGGCCAGACAAGAUACAAAACCUCCACUGCCGCCCCCAGAAUUCCACAGCCAUCGCCUGCUCCUGGAUCCCUCCGGAUUCUGACUUUGAUGGGUACAGCAUUGAAUGCAGGAAAGUGGACACCGGGGAGGUAGAAUUCUCCCGAAGGCUGGACAAAGACAAAUCUCUUCUCAAUAUCAUGACCCUGGUCCCCCACAAGCAGUAUCGGGUGUCCAUCAAGGUACAAUCCGAGGGCAUGACCAGUGAGGUCGUGGAAGAGACCACCAUCACUAUGAUUGAUCGCCCUCCUCCUCCACCUCCACACAUCCGUGUGAAUAAAAAGGACGUGCUAAUUAGCAAGUCUUCCAUCAACUUUACUUUCAACUGCAGCUGGUUCAGCGAUACCAAUGGAGCUGUGAAAUACUUCACUGUAGUGGUGAGAGAGGCUGAUGGAUGUGAGAGGGCUAGUUAUGACUCCGCCUCUGUAGCUACUGGAAGGAAGGAGGUUGACCAGUCAGGAUUUGGAGUUCCUCACCUGGGCAAGGAAGUAGCUAGCCCCUUCCCUUCAAUCAUUCAGAUCUGGUCCCUUGACUCAAUAACACUUUAUUGUUUUUAUUAUUGUUUUAAUGGCAGCCCCAUAAAAGUUAAUCAGUUUGAAGCACAUUUCAUGAAGCUACAAGCAGAUUCCAACUAUCUUCUCUCCAAGGAAUAUGAGGAUUUAAAAGAGGUGGGUCGAAACCAGUCAUGUGACACAGCCCUUUUGCCAGAGAACAGAGGGAAAAAUCGAUACAACAAUAUACUACCCUAUGAUACGACUAGAGUGAAGCUUUCUAAUGUUGAUGAUGACCCUUGCUCAGACUACAUUAAUGCCAGCUACAUACCAGGCAACAACUUCAGAAGAGAAUACAUUGCAACUCAAGGGCCCCUUCCUGGCACCAAAGAUGACUUUUGGAAGAUGUCGUGGGAACAGAAUGUCCACAACAUUGUCAUGGUGACCCAGUGUGUUGAGAAGGGUCGAGUAAAAUGUGAUCACUACUGGCCUGCAGACCAAGAUUCCCUCUACUAUGGAGACCUCAUCGUACAGAUGCUGUCUGAGUCUGUGCUGUCAGAAUGGACAAUUAGAGAAUUUAAAAUAUGCAGUGAGGAACAGCUCGAUGCAAACAGGCUCAUUCGUCAUUUUCAUUAUACCGUCUGGCCAGACCAUGGAGUUCCAGAGACCACCCAAUCCCUGAUCCAAUUUGUAAGGACAGUCAGGGAUUAUAUUAACAGGACUCCAGGGGCUGGACCCACUAUUGUGCACUGCAGUGCUGGUGUGGGUAGAACUGGAACGUUCAUUGCACUGGACCGUAUCCUGCAACAGCUAGACUCCAAAGACUCCGUAGAUAUUUAUGGAGCAGUGCAUGAUCUCAGACUGCAUAGGGUUCACAUGGUUCAAACAGAGUGCCAGUAUGUAUAUCUACAUCAGUGUGUCAGAGAUGUCUUAAGAGCCAGGAAGCUUCGUAGUGAACAAGAAAACCCUUUAUUUCCAAUCUAUGAAAAUGUGAAUCCAGAGUAUCACAGAGAUGCUGUCUAUUCAAGGCAUUAAGAAUGUAGCAGAGAUCUCUUUGGAUCAACCCCAUUCACUGUGUGACUUUUUUGUUAAACUCCAUAUCCUAGAGAGGUGCCAGUUAUUUCUGUUGAUAUUGUGUAUAAUUUAUUAGCCUAGGAAAUUUGAAAAGAAUCUAUGUAAUUUAAGUGUAAUGGUUAUUAUUGUACAUAAUUUGUAUUUGUGAUAUUCUCCUGUAAAUAUGUAUUUUUCACAGUGUUUAAUAUUAAGCUUCAGAUAAUACUAUUUUUCCAUCCUAAAGUUUUUUAUAAAUUGUUCUACAUAAAUGGCUUUAACCUGUAUGACAGGAGUACUGCUGGAA